AUGGCUUCGUCAGAGAGUCAUAGACUGAAUGAUAGCAUUCAAUCGGAUGAUGAUGAUGCAGAUAUGACCUAUGUUAUAGACAUAACUAAUGGUUCAUUUCCUGAACAAAUGCCUGACCGUAUUGAUAGUGGCGAUACAGUUGAAUUUAAAACUGAUAAAACAGAUGAAUAUGAUAUAUUUCAAGUUUAUAAGGAUGAAAAUGACUACUACAGAAUACAUAAUGGCUUUGAAUUGUAUAAUAUAAAUAAUACUACAAGAAAAAGGAAUAGACGAAUUUCACUUUCAUUAGCUCUUCAUCAACCGAAGAUCGAAUUAUAUUUUUGUAUAAUUCUAUCGUCAAAGCGCCAAGUAGUUUUUAAGUCACGAAAAUGUUCCGUAGAAAAUUGUGAAAAGAACUGUCUCAUCGUUCAUAAGAGUGACAUCAAAUUUACGUUGAGUGAUGAAAAAGAAAGUCAAAAAUUAAUUUUACACAAAGGUGAUACAAUUGAACUUGAAUGGUCAUCGAAACGUGGUAAUGGUUAUCGUAUUGAAGAAAAAAAAUAUUGUCCAAUAUCUGGUGGGCUUUAUACAGUUGAGCAACCGUCAGAAUUAACAAUAAGUCGUCCUCAACCAAAAGGAUGCUUUCGAAAAACAUUUACUGAAUUCGGUACAUCAUUUUUAUUUCGUUUAACUGACACGAAUCGAAUUCAUGAUAUAAUUGCCUGUAUUGUUAAAAGUAAAUUCAAAGUCAGCUACAUCGAUAUCACCAAUGAUAAUAUUCAACCAAAUAUUAUUUCUAUUGAACAACAUGAUUCUAUUAUAUUUCAAUGGAAUACAACAGAAAAACAGUCUGUACAACAAAUUCAACCUUUUACCGUCGAUCAAACUAAUCAAACGUCAAUUGAAAUGAAAACAGUAGGAAAAGAUUUUUUCUGGCCAAAUGAACCUUCAUCUCGUGGUUAUAUGAUACAUAGAUUUGAUGAAACGGGCAUUUUUUGUUUUAAAACAGCAACAAACCAAAUCGGAACAAUUGUUGUUGCACCAAAAAUUAACAUCCAUUCAUUUCCAAUAUUCGGCGAUCAAUUAAUUUUAAAAAUGAAUACAUACGAUUUUAUUCAAUUCGAAUGGAAAAUGUCGGAAUCAGAAGAUGAUCCGCUAUUAAUUACUAUCGAUGCUAAUUCGUCUGUUGUGCCAGAUACUGCUGGUGGUCUUACUGGAAUAUUCGAUUGUUCUAUGCACAAAUGUGUCAAAGUUGAGCCAUUUUUUCGUCAAUAUUUUCAUACAUGCGAAGCAUUUGUGUUGAAUAUUCCACAACAUGGUCUUUACAAUUUCGCUUAUUCUGAUAGUCGUGAUGAUGUUCUUCUCAGUACGAUCGUUGAAAGUGCUGUUACUAAUCAUCGCGUUACAUCUAAUGAACGAAAUACAUUUGAACCCCAUACUCUAGUUAUCAAUCGAAAUGAUCAAGUUUGGUUUAAUUCAAGAUCAAAAAACUUAGUCAAUAUCCAUCGAACCGAUGAAUAUGGAAAUUAUUUAGACGUAAAUAAACCAAUAUUUCAACCACAAUUAAACAGUGUGAACUGUUUUAUGCAACAAUUUCAACAAACUGGAAUCUAUUAUUUUUCCACCGAUGCUGUUCUUGAUCAAGAAAAAAAAGCUUCGAAAUCACCACCAUUAUCCAUUGUUGUUUUACCUGAAAUUCGUUUUCAUUAUAAAUUAAUUCGUUCAAGUGACUUUGAUCCUGACGCAAUAAUAACUAAUAUAAACGAUUUUGUUGUCUGGCAAUUUGAACAAAUAAUUCGCUAUGGUCUUAUACAAUUACGUGCUAAUGAAACUUUAGAGGAUCUAGUAUCAUGUCAUGAUCGUGCUGUAGCCGGUCGAAAUCGUCAAUGUCUUGCUGUUGAAUGUAUUAUGCUUGGGACAUUUUUCUUUGCUAAUCCAGAAUUUGAACGAGUUUCUGGUUCCGAUGAGGAUCGUCUGAUAUCAACUAUUAUUAUUGAUCCACCGUUUAGUAAAACUUGUUUUCUUAUUGCAAACGAUGAUUUUUCCCCCAAUGUUUUAUAUGUUGCUCAGAAUAAUACUGUUUCAUGGAUAUUAUCAAGUGCUGAUCAAUAUCAUCGAAUUUCUGUGGAAUCCGAUGACAAUAAACGACGCAUCAAUGAAGAUAAUCUUAUUGACCGAUCGAUUGAACAAUAUGUUAAUGAUAUGCAUCAUCUGUAUACUUUUGAGCAAUGUGGAAAGUUCACUAUUCGAUCGAAUCGUUUUACUAAUACAGCGACGGUAAUUGUCUAUUCAGAUGAUAUUAUUCGAAAUCAAAAAAAACAAUUAGUAAAACCUCAAUUAAUCGAAGAUAUUGAUAUAGUAAGUCAAUAUGGCACACAAAUACAUUUAAAAUGCCCAAGUCAAGAGGCAACUGUAUAUUAUACUCUUGACGGUUCAAUACCAACACGACCUUUUAAGAAUGUUCAUACAUAUAAUUCGAAUACAGGCAUACCAUUUAUUCAAACAGGUUUACAUGUUUUACGUGCUUAUGCAACUGAAAAUGAAAAGUUAUCGAGUGCUAUUAUUACAAGCAGUCCAACUUUUGUUAUGGAAAGUGAAGAACUUGCAGCAUUGAAUGAACUUCGCGCAAUAUGGAAAAAUACUAAUAUAAUGAUCACAGCUUCAAUUCAAUAUCCAAAUAAAUUGUUUGUAAAAAUCGAAGUUGAUCCGAUAAGUUCAACGGAUCUUAUUGAUCAUUUUGAAUUGUACGUUGAUGAUGUAGCACAACGAGUCAAUUUAGCACCCACCGAUGCUCAAUUUUCAGCAGAAGGUUUUGCUGGCGGUGAACAAUAUGAAAUACAUGUAAUGGCUUUCCCCAAGGAAAAUCUGACUGAUACAGAACCUAUUUCAUCGAAUAAACGAGCAUUUGAAAUCAAGCGAGAAAUUGUCGGUGGUGCACCUUUAAUAAGUUUAGCUGUAUCGAAUGAAGAAAAUAUAAUAUUUUUAAUGUGGGCACAUAUUGGCGAUCAUAUUAGUCAAUAUGUUGUUUAUGUUGAUAAUAUUGAAACAAGGACUAUUAAUGAAAAAGAUUUUAAUGAUUUUUUCGGUAUUCAAUUUCAUGGCGCUCAACAACGGAAAAAAUAUCUUAUACAUGUCGAAGCGUUAGUCAAAGACACUAAUGAAAUUCGAAAAUCAAACGUUAUUGCUGUUAAUCCACCGAUGGAAAUGCCAUUGAAAGAACAAUUAAUCGAUCGAUAUUUUGCUUAUAUCACAGUUAAUACAGAAUCACCACCAUCGGAUAUGCGUGUCGAAAUUAUUCAUCUUGAUCAUUUUGACGAACGACGUCCAGAACCACAACGUAAAUUCGAAAGUCUUCCAAUUACCUAUGGUCUACGAAAUGCUGUGCCAAUAAUAUCAUUUGACCUAAUCGGAGAAGGUGGUACUCUAUCUUGGAUGAAACAAGCGCCAUCAAUUGCAGAGUUCGUUGAAAAUUAUCGAAUUAUGGUCGAUGGAGAACAAUAUGGAGAAGUGAUAUCACCGGAUGAUGAACCGAAAGUUCAAAUGAAGCUUCGGCCAGGCGAACAUGAAUGUUAUCUACUUGUUUUACCAAAAGAAAAAGAUCAGGAAGUCUAUCUAUCGAAUAUUCUUAAAUUCAAUGUUCCAAUUGUACUAAAAAAAAUUGAACCGGAAGAGAUUCCUAUUCCAAAAUUAAGUGUCGAGAGAGUAAGCACAUUUUCAAUUCGUAUCAAAUGGGGUUUAGAUCGGCCACUACCAGCAGAACCAUGUAUAACUAUGUAUGAAGUUCAUAUACGCGGUCAACAAUUUUCUGACAAGAUCAAGAGUGAUGAAAAUUUUCAGCAAGAUGAUUACAUAGAACAUAUUUGGCAUGUAUCGAGUUCUCCAUUGGAAAUAAAAGACAUUCCCGAUCGUUUCGAUUACAUAGUCUUUGUUCGAGCAUUAUUUACAAUAGAAAAAUCAACAGAUACCGAAUACUUUUCAAAAUCAAGCGAACUGAAAGUAGACCGAGUUAUUCCAUUAAUCGACCUAUUGCCACGACCAGUACUUAAAGUAAUACGUAUUGGAUUACAAAUGGCAACUGUGUCAUGGAAAUUCGAUGAUUCUGUUAAUCAGUCAUUGAUUAAAGGUUAUCGUAUUAUCUUAAAUGGAAAAGCUGCUGAAAUUCUGCCGCCUAAGAAGUAUGAAUAUGAAUUACAAAAUAUAAAAUCAGGUACAAGAAACGAUAUACAAGUGUCAGUUACAUGUUAUCCAGACUUUCUUGAAGAGAAACUAUCUGAAUCCGUACAUAUCAUUUGUCCACGGCGACCCCAACAAUUGACUGUUGAAUCGUUUCAAACUGAAAAACCAUUUUCAAUUGGUAUCAAAUGGAAAAUCGAUCAAAAUAUAAACGAUGAAAUAACAUAUUUCAAAGUUUUUCUCAAUGGAAAACUUCAUUGUGAAAUCGAUCCCAACGGACGGCAUUCAUUUAAACAUGAAUUUACUAAAUUAAAAAUUGAUCAAAUAUAUCUAAUCAAUGUAAAAGCGUUUGUUGAACAUAGAAAACUUGACGAUUAUGCUUAUCAAUGUGAAAUUGAAUCGAAUUCAUCGAAUGAAUUACUAUUAAAAUGUCUCGCGCCACCAAUAGGUGCUCCACCACGUAUAGAACGAAUGUAUCCAAAUGGUAUUGAUAUUACUUGGGAACCGACCACUGAUUCCGGAAAUACUCAAGUGACUGGAUAUCAAAUAUUAAAAAAUGGCCGUGCUAUUUCGAAAACAAUACCAAUUGAUAAACGACGAGCUUCAAUUCAUGAUCUAGACAUUGGCAAUCGAUAUUCCUUACAAAUUGUACCCAUAACUAAUCAACUCGGUUGCAAUCCAUUUCAACUAGGAGAAGAAUACGAUCCCGAACUACAUAUCUACUUUUUACCGGGACCGAAACUUGAUGUUGAUUUUACCGAUUUAGUACAAAUUCCUUCGAAAAUUUGGAUUGAAAAUAUUUCAGGUCAUUCAGCUGUCGUUUGUUGGUCUGCCACUGAGAAUGUUUCCAAUAAAAAUGCACUACCAGAUAAUUAUAAAUUAUUUAUUUGGAAUAGUAAAAACCAAAAACGUGAUCAAGCGACUGUUAUUCAAAUACCAAAAGAUAAAAUCAGUCAGGAUUUAAAAGAUCUUCGACCAGCAACAACCUAUGAAAUUCAAUUAGAAGCAUUUAAAAAACGAUCUGACCCAAAAACAAAUGAAACCUAUAUAGUCUCAGCGACAUCGAAAAUUUUAAAAUUUGAAACAGGCGCUCCACCUGAUGCACCAUCAAAUCUGAAGAUAAUCGCUUGUACGAAUACAACUAUUCGUAUAGGUUUUGAUCCAUUUAUUGAACAUCUCGCUGAAAUCAUAACAUUACGUGUCUAUUGUGAAUCGAUAUCGGCAAAGAAAAACAAACAUGAAGUAAUUCUUGAUCUAACACCAGAUUCAACGGAAUUCAUUUUACCAAAUUUAAUCGAGCGUACACAUUACAAUUUAACGAUCUAUGCUAUAACAGAUGAAUAUUUAAAUGAAAUACAUCUGCAUGAUAUUUCAAAAUUACCUAACAAAUUAAAAUCAUCCUAUUGGUUAACAAAUAAAAGUUUACUAUUUACAACUAGCGGCUGCGAACCAGCAAGUCAAAUACUCAUUUCUAGUGCGACUGUUCAAUCUAUACAACUUCAAUGGGCACUACCGAAAGCGUAUGGAUCAACGAAAUUUCUCCGUCAAACCCUACGUUGGAAAUUACAAAAUGAAGAGAUCGAAAAAUCUGUUGAACUCGAUAGUAAUACAAUACAAGCGACUAUACCGGGAAUAUUAUCAUUUGGCCAGUACAAAAUUUCGCUUGAUUCCUAUUUCAGUAUUAAAAUAAAUCUUGAAGAUGAAAGCGAUGAAGCCAGUCGAAAGGAAAUUCGUUUAACAACAAUCGAAAUAACAUCUGUACGUUUUCAACUGCCGGGUUUAUCGGAAAAACCAGAAGUCUAUCUAACGGGUUAUACAACAAAUGCUAUUGAUUUAACCUGGAAUAAACCGAAUACAUUUUCUAUUAUUGAUCACCCGGAAAAAUUAAAUGAAAAUAUUAAAAUACAUAGAAAUUUACUUGGCUAUAGAGUUGAAAUUAAUGGAAAAAAAUAUAAUACGUUAAAUAAAGAUCAAUAUCAAUGCACGUUGACUGAAUGUCUACCAGGCGAAGAAUAUAAAGUACAAUUAAUUGUACAAACUUCAAUUCAAAGUGAAUAUGUUAAUGAUAUUUUUAUUGGUGAAAAUGGCAAAGACGAUGAACCGGAAGAAACAUCAUCGAAAAAACUACGUGUUCGAAUGUUAGACAAUGACGAUCUUCUUCAAUCGUUUCAAGCGAAAUUUGAAUUUCAUCAUCACGUCACAAAAGAAAAUACAACAGAAGAACGAAAUGAAGUUAAACCAUUAGGGAAAAUUAAUGUUCGUUGGAAAGCAUCGGAUCUUGACAAUAUUUCCCAUUUUAUUUUAAAAUGGCAUUCAUCGAAAGAUUUAUGUGUUCAACAAAAGAUUUUCCACAGUAAAGAAACAUCAUUUACUAUAGAUGCAUGUGAUGAAAAACAUUUUUAUGUUAUUGAAAUAAUCAUCGUCACCAACGAUGGCAUAAGACAUCAAUAUCAACAAUUGAAAAUGCCAAUUCCAGGCGAACCUGAUUCACCGAAAUUAUGGCUUGUGAAAACAUCGGAUACAAGUUUUGUUGUUGAAUGGAGCGAACCGAAAUCCUAUGGAAUACCUGUCAUUGGUUUUCAAUUAUAUAUCGAAGGUAAACAAGCAAGCGACAUGAUUAAAGUCAAUUUACAUCGUGCGGAAAUUCCCUCAAAUGUAAAUCGAACCUAUGAAGUUAAUAUAUGUGCUGUUACAAAUAAUCCUCAACGUAAACAUUCGCUGAUGUCACAAACAUUAUCAGUUCUUACUACGCCACCAACAAAUUCAAGUCAGCCAACAUACUAUACUAGCACUAGUAGUAGUCAUAGUCAAAAACCACUGAAUAGAAAUAUAACACGAUCAAUACCUGUUCAAAUUGAAUCAAUGAACGAAGAUAAACUUCAUCUUGAUUGGACAGCAUUUAUACCGAUGAUAGACAUAGCUGCUUAUUAUGUUCAUUAUACUUGUUUGAAUAAUGGCGAAGUACAAACUUUGAGAGUAUCGAAACGAAAUCGACAUGCAGUUAUACAAGAUUUACGAGCAGGUUUUACGUAUACAAUCAUGGUGGUAGCUGUUGAUGUAGACAGUGAAAUAGUAUAUUCAUCAGAGAAAAAUACUGUUCAAAUGAGUCCUCCACCUAAUGCACCGAUUGUUGCAAUUCGCGAACGUACACACGAUCAUGUAACGCUUGAAUGGCGCCCAGCACCAAGCUAUGGAGAACUGGCAAUCGUUGGUUAUAAAGUCUAUAUCAAUAGUCGUUUAGUAGCAAUUCUUUCACAUGAUCAAUUAACAUAUACAUUGACAAAUGGUUCAGCUUGUGAAGAAUAUAUAGUUUAUGUUCAGGCAUUGAGUAAUGAUAAAAACAUCUCAAGUUCAAUGUCACGUGGUGUUAAAUUUAGUUGGCCAGGUAUCAAACCCGGCGUAUUUCGACGUUUAGAUGACGGAAUAUCGAGCACAGUUGUUGUGGCUUGGGGACCACCUCAAUUGGAAGAUCCAACAGAAAAAAUAAUCGCAUAUAAAAUUCUUUCGGAAAAUGUGACAACACAUGUAGUUCGUUUACAUGGCGAAUAUACUGCAAAUACAUAUGAAGCAACCAUCUAUGACUUGAUCAAUGGAAAAUAUCGUGUUUGGCUUGAAAUUCAAAGUGAACAUUUUUGUGCUCGUGCUCGACCAAUUACCAUUGGAUUUGGUCGAUUGCAAAAUCGUCGAUUAUUUCAUUCAGCUAAAUGUUUUAUGAAAAAACGAAAACGAUUUCGUUCAACUGGAACUAUGACGUUAGCACCCACAGUUCGGCACAUUCAAUAUUCAUGA